GCGCCGGAGGAGAGAAGAACUACGACUCCCGAAGAGAAGUGCAGCCCGCCGCUGCCAGGCUGCAGGAAGCUAGGCGGGGCAGCAGCGAUCCUCACAACAUCCGGGCCCUGGCGCUGGAGAGGCGCCGCGGCCGGUUGCUAAGGAGACGGGCUUCUCUUACCACUCUAAAGGAUUCGCGGUUUCACCCCGAGAGCUACUCCCUGGAUUAGGCGGAUUAGUCGGUACAUAUUGAUUCAGCCAGCGGAUCACGUUCUCUUCGCUGCUUUAACUGGAUGUAGUAAAAGGCCGCGUCCCCUGGAUGCUCGCUGGUCUUCUUACCAUCCGCUGCGGGGAAAGACUACGUUUGCCGAAAAAAUAAGGAAGAUACCGAGAAUGACCGAGUACGACUGGGACAAGAAAAGUGCUUCAGCUUCAAAUUCAGACACAGAAAUGAAACCUGAACAACUUCCCCCUUGUGUGAACCCUGGAAAUCCUGUGUUUUCAUGUAUGUUGGACCCAAAGACACUCCAUACAGCUACCUCACUAUCAAAACCUAAGAUGAUUAUGUAUAAAACCAGUUCAAGUAAUUAUGGUGAAUUUUUACCUAUGCCACAGUUUUUUCCCUGCAAUUAUAGUCCAAAGGAACAAGUAUUUUCAAGCCAUAUCAGAGCUACUGGAUUUUAUCAAAAUAAUACUCUAAACACUGCACCUGACAGAACCAGAACCCUUGAUUUUCCUAAUUUUCAACACACUCUAUGAAAAUAUAUUCUUGUGUAUAUUUAAGAGAAAAUAUACUCAGGAAAAGUGAGUUCUAAAUCUAAGGCUAGAAUACCAAAUUUGGACUAGAAAAGCAUUUGAAUUAGUUAAAAGAAAACUUUUAAGAAAUAAAGCAUUUGAACUGAUAACUGAAUGACAGUGACUUCUUCUUAAAUUAAAAUGUGUUCAAAAUAGAAUAAAAGGUGGAUGCGUUUUAGUACAAAAUAGAAUAAAAAGUAGACACAUUUAGUACAUUAUUUAGUACAUAUUCUCCAAAAGUUUCAAAAGGCUUUAAGGAUCUCACGUGUCCACUGAAUAUAUUUAACAAGACAAAGGAACACAGGAGCACUAAGAAAAAAAAUUGAAUUAAGGAAGACUGACCAGUAAUUUCCCAGUUUUCUGUUAUUUCAACUAAUGGCUUAGAACCUGGGGGAAUGAAUGUUAGUUUCCACUGCUCUGCUGGUAGAAGAGAGGACCUGCUAUUCAUUCAUUCAUUUGGCACGUAUUUAUAGAACACUUGCUAAUGACAGUCACUAAUGCAAAUGGAACACAGAAAUAAAAGACAGUACCUUUAUUGUUUCAAUGAGUAAUAUUUUAGGGGAAUGAGAUUAGCAAAUCAAUAAAAUGUGAUAAUUUAUGUAAAUUUUGCAAAAGGUCUUUCAGACACAAAGACAGAAUUGCUCAAAUUGAGACCAAGGACAUCAGGAGAAGCAUCCUGGAAAAGGUAAAACCAAAUCAAAGGAAAGAUCAGUAGAGGAAGAAGAAGCAAUACGUAGAAGUACAAAGAUGUAAGAGAUGCAAUACUUUUUUAUAAACGCAAAUAAUUUGAUAUAUCCUUAACACAGUGUAAGCAGUGGUGGAUGACACACUAUUCUUUAAACUAUGUAAUUCCACUAUAUACAGAGAUUUAUUUAUUUCAGCUGCCAUCUGUUGAAACCACACUUGAGUCUGAGUACCUUUAAUGAAAAAAAUCACGGCUCUUAUGUUUCCCUAUUAGUGUCAGAUUCAGGAUAUUAACAUCAAUUAAAAAAUAAUCUUGAGUUGCUAGGGGAUCAGAAAUUUGUAUCUUCUAUUCAUAAAAAAAAGGUUUGAUGUGAGAAAAUAGUUCAAACUCUGCCUCAUAAGAUUUUUCCAAACACCUCAAAACUUAUUUGAUAAU